CUCACCACGUGAACCUUGAACGGCGAAUGUCUAAGUUAAAGCAUGUUUUAUCGCUUGCUAGUAAAUGCUAUCAGAGAACCUCUUACGUCAAAAAAUAGUUGUGCUUUGUUAGAGACGAUAUUUGUAAAACAACCGGUAGGAUUCGUGCUGAGUCCUCUAACUUCAUUUCUUCGAACUUCUUUGAAAGAAUAACUGCGUAUCCGGUGGGGAACAACCUUCAUUCUAUCUUUUGGUGACUUUCAGCGACACACUUUGAGAUACACAGAGCCUUCCGUCUGUCAGGUUAUCUUGGGCUGGGUUUAUUCGUCAGCAUAACAGCAAUAACCUGUAUCGGAACAGCUGCCAAGCAUUGAUUUUUGGGACUUGGUUCAGGCCUUGAUGUUUUGUGAAUACAUCUUCUUUCUCAAGCUCUGGACCAGUCAUCUCAGAAAUUGAAGUUCUAUUUGUUUGCUGUUUUGUAUUAAGCCUAACAAUUGUUGUGCAACUGUUGGGCACCAACAAAACCACAUGCAAGAAUAAAUAAGAAGAUAUCAGUUGUGCUGCUCAGGCUGGACCUUCAGUAACUUGUACAAACUCCUUGUGCGUGGAGACUACAUUGGGCCAUUCACCUGAGGCCACCAUGAAUGCUGACCGCACUUCUAUGAGAUGCUCUCCCCAAAUCUACACCCCCACCACCGAGUGGUCUCCAUCCAGUGGCACGAAGCUGUCUAAACAAGGCAAAAUUUCCUCCCUGGCAAAGUCUGCAAAAAUUAAUCAUGCUCAUACUUCAACUGCCAAACCUGCCGGUGAGACUUUUAAAGCUCCUCCUAUUGGAGUUCGUUCUAGUCAGGCACUCGGUAUUGUCUCCGGUCGUGAGGUCAAAAGAGAUGUAACAAACAAUCUGGCCAACUGCAGUCAGCCGGAGCCCAUGAAUAUGGGCCUACUGAGUGCAACUGGAAAAUUUGCAAGGCCUCUAAUACAAGAAGAUGAGUCAUGGAAAGAUAUUACCAAGGCUCCAGUGUCCUGCCAGGUUAAGGAGAUUUUAGGAGACCGCGGAGUGGGUAGCUCAUCAAAUUCUUGGACAGAAAUGACGCAUCAGUCCUCCUGGCGCCACAGGGGAAAAACCGCGCGUGUAUGGAGCGAUUGCACUUCGUCUGGAGUACAUAUUGACAAGUCAGCCAGCAGCUCCCAAACUAGUGUGUACACAGUCGACGAGGUCAACGCAAUGUUCAGUGUCCAUGCUUGCAAAGAACGUCACGAAUUGUCUCUUGCUUCUUCUACGCAAUCAUUUCUCAGCCAAUCAGACGAAUUGAAUGGUCAAUCGAAAGCAAAAACACAGGAAGCAGAAUCUGCCCUAGAAAGAGGGUUGAAAUUCAAAGAAAAGAAUGAAUCGCAAGGUUCCUCCUCGGAUGGAUCCAAAGAAGUUCUUCGUUGUAAAUCUACUAAAUCCUCCCAUGCUGAUGUGAACGAGAUUGUCAAAACGGGUUUGGAGGCUGAUGAAGAAUCUGAAUCAACACUUGAUCAGUCGUUCGAUGCUCUGAAUGAAACAAUUCUUGCAGAAGCCUUCGAACCCCAAAAAGGAUGCGUUGCUAAGGGUGAAACGAAAGACUGUGGUCGUCAUGUGGUAGGUAAGAAGUUUUCCGGUAUAGUUUAUUUUGGAGCUCCCAAGUCAGCGGCUGCUGCAUCGGAGCAGAAGGCAACGGAGGACGAUUCUUUAUUUUACUCAGAUUGUCUUGUACCAGCGAAGAGUCGCGCAGUGGGACGCUCUACUGGAAGAGCGAUGGCCCGUGGAGUGUCUAGAAGCGAUUCUUCUCUGUCCGUGGCUCUUUGUCGUGGACGUUUAAAAAAAUUGAUACUCAAUGGAGGUCGUAAGGAAGAACAUCCUGAUAUAAAUUCUGUCGAGUGUUUUCCUUAUCUAGGAGGAAUUUCUUCAUCCCAUCCCAAAAAGCGUCAUAUUUAAAAUAUUUGGAAUGAACAGUUGGUUGGUCAAUAUUUGAACCAAGUUAUCUGGAAUAGUGCUCUGUAACUUGGGGUGUUGCGGAAAAAAUGCCUCCUUCUUUAAUUUCAUCCACAAAAGCAGUUGGAGUUCAUAUUCACUAAUUCAAUAAAUACAGAAGUAAUUAGUUUAGGCUGCAGGUUUGAAACCUAAAAAGUUGGUUGUGGUGUCUCUCGUGUUUUUUUUUUUCUCUUUGCUCCAUCUGGUUUAAUGAAAAUGAAAUUUGAGGGAAGCAAAUUGACUGUAAAAUGUGUGAAUUUUUUUGAAAUGUCAACUAUUGUUUUUUUUUUUUUUGUCCGUACAUUACAGAUGAUACACGUCGUUUAUAGUAUUAAACAUUUUUAACAUUGCAUAAUGUUGUGUUAAGCUAUGUGUCUUGAUUUUAUUUGCUGCACAGAACACGCGAUUUACUUGAUGUUUGUCGUCGUGCUCGAUGUUGUGAAUAUUUGCCUCCUCAGUGGGACUACUGAUGUGUGUGUGUGUGUCUGUGCUCGUCUGAAUUUCUAUGCGAUAUCGCUUUCCUAGGCUCAGUUGAUGGGUUAAGUUCUUAUUCAGUUAGGAUUACUUGCAUUUCCAUUCUCUCUCUCGCGCGAGUGGCCGACGUCCCAUGUGAACGACCUCUUGUUCGAGUGUCUUCGUUUCUGUUGGUGUUCACCUGUCCCUCCUUUUAACUUCAUCUCCUUGAGAUGCUAACACUUCUACUUUCAUUCUUUUUCUCAUCAUUUUGAUGCGAUCAAAUGUUUGUUUUACUCGAACCCAGUGGUGCUCACGUUCUCUAUACUUACAGGUACAUUACAUUAACCCAGUGGUGCUCACGUUCUCAAUACUUACAGGUACAUUACAUUCGCCCAGUGCUGCUCACGUUCUCUAUGCAGGUACAUUACAUUGAAUUGUUUGAAAAUUUGUGAUAUAUCGUUUCGUGCUUCUUGAGAUGAGGCUCAAUUUAAUUUAAUUUUGUUGAUGUCCGCUCACUAGAUUUCGAAAGCUGAGCUUGACGCCUUCUUGAAAUUUCUUGAAGCCAAAGUUUCUUAAAACUUGCGACAUGUCACGGAUGCCCCCUA